ACACCCAAGCAAUACAGCCAAGCACUAAAUAAAAGCAACAGAGUUCAUCUUUACUGUGCAUUUCUGGACUAUAGCAAUGGGACCGGUGUCUGGUCUAACGAGGGCUGUGUCCGUGACAGUGGGGACCUGAACCACUCGGUGUGUCUGUGCAAYCACCUCACCAACUUCGCCAUCCUGAUGCAAGUGGUGCCCCUGAAGCUCAGCAGAGAACACCAGGUGGCCCUGUCCUCCAUCACUUACAUCGGCUGCGCYCUGUCCAUCUUCUGCCUGACGAUCACGCUGGUCACAUUCGCGAUUUUAUCGUCAGUGAGCACCAUCAGGAACCAGCGCUAUCACAUCCACGCCAACCUGGCCUUUGCCGUGCUGCUGGCACAGAUCCUGCUGCUCACCAGCUUCCAGUUCAGCCCUGCCACGGUGCCUUGCAAGAUCCUGGCCAUUCUCCUUCAUUUUUUCUUCCUGAGUGCUUUUGCAUGGAUGCUGGUGGAAGGAUUUCAUCUUUACAGCAUGGUGAUCAAAGUAUUUGGGUCAGAAGAAAGCAAGCACUUAUACUAUUAUGGAAUUGGAUGGGGCUGCCCACUGGUGAUUUGUGUCAUUUCUGCAACAUCGUCCCUGCACAGCUACGGGGAAAGCAGCAAUCUCUGUUUCCUGYUGGGUUUGUACAACACCCUCCUGGACACAGCCAGAACACGCUUUCCUGACCAAACCUUGUUCCUUUUUUUCCAGGUCAAUAUUGGCAUUCUCAUUGCAGUCACAAGAGUGAUCUCCAGAAUCAGUGCAGACAACUACAAGGUCCAUGGAGAUGCCAAUGCCUUCAAACUAACAGCUAAGGCCGUCGCUGUUCUCUUACCAAUCUUGGGAAGUUCMUGGAUCUUUGGGAUUUUGGCUGUCAAUGCCCAUGCAUUAGUGUUUCAGUAUAUAUUUGCUGUUUUCAAUUCGCUACAAGGAUUUUUCAUGUUCCUGUUCCACUGCCUUCUGAACUCAGAGGUUCGAGCUGCCUUCAAGCACAAAACCAAGGUGUGGUCUCUCACCAGCAGCUCAACUCGAAACAUCAAUGUGAAGCCCUUCAACUCAGACAUUAUGAGUGGGAACAGGCCAGGCACGACUCCCACAAAGCUGAACACCUGGGAUAAAAGCAGCAAUUCAGCCAACCGCAUUGAUUUAUCAGCAGUGUGACAGGAAUACCAGCUCCUCAGAGAAAAUCAAACCACACUUCCAGGACCUGUGACACCGUGUCCAGCAGCUUUCUCUCACUGUUAAUAACUGCAGAAAACUGGGGUUUUUAAAUCACUGCCUAAUGAAUUGGGAAUUGCCAUAUUGUUUUGUUGAGUAAAUAGCCCUCAUCUGCUUGCCUUCRAAACUCUAACACAUUCUAGCACUUGGCUAUUAGCAAUAUCUGUAAAAAUAACCAGCACAAAUAUACACUGGAUGGUUUUGUCAGCAAUGAUGAAAACACUGGGUCUGCMAGAAGGGCUUAUUGCUCCCUGAAUCAUUCCAGCUCCCAGGACGGAGGGAAAGCAACGMACCUCUGGAAAGAUGGAUUUUUAUGCUCUAAAAUGAAAUGCUUCCCAUUGUGAUGYUGUAAUGAGGCUAUUCUGGACUUGCUGUGCUCUCUCUGUUUACAUUUAUUAUCUUACAGAAUCCAAUUAUUGAGGUGAAGAAGCUGAUUCAAAAUACAUAGUAUGGUGUUUGAUCUAAAUGCCAGGAAGAAGCCAGGACUGGAGGGAGAAGCAGGUUCAGCUGUUSCACUGCCAGCGUGGGUGUGGAUGACAAAACCCAAACCACGUCYGACUGUGCCCAUGGACAGCACAUGUAACGUGUGAAUCUCCACGUGUGUGUGGCCCAUUUGGGAUCCUCCUGCUGACCUGAUCUACCAGAGGCAGAAAUGGCCAGGGCUGUCCUGCACAGCCCCUCUGGUGCUGAUUUGGGUCUGCUGACACAUUGCAAUCCCAAUUAUUCCACGGCUUUGUCUGCAGCUUCAGGACUCAAUCAAAGCUCUCCAUCGAGUGCCUUUUGCAAACUCGCUGUGGCUUUCACACAUCAAAACCUGGCACUGUGACUUCUCCUGCUCCUUUUACUGGGCAUUUCGAGACCCUGAACUCCUGCCACMAAGAUGCACCACACUGAUGUACUGUGAAGACAACCAGCCCACAAACAAGACUGCAUUGUUUCCUGCAGAUGGCUUUUAAAUAGGUCUCUGCAGCCUCUUUUGUGGUUUUAAACUCUGCUCAGCRUUUAGUAGCUUCUGCUUUACUGCUGCCAUGAAGUAUUUUUAAGGAGGAAAGAAACACGAUUAUUUUCCUUCUGCCCACUGUUUUGUGGGUUCUCAAGUGGUGUUUGGAGCAGAGGGAUCCUCAGCUGUGCCAAAGCUGCUCCUCCCCAGCAGGAGCAAAGCUCAGCUCAGGUCCUGUGCUGGUCAGAGCCAUGGGGACACUGCUGUGGAUUCACUCAGGGUCCCCAGAGAGCUUUCCAAAGGCCAGGUCCCCUCACAGAGUGGCUUUGCAGCCACAAUUCCUUGUCCCCAGCCCUGCCCGGUGUGCAGAGCUGUCCCUGUCACAGGCUGGGUGUCACCCUGUAAGGAACUCCUGACACACUGAGCUAUCCAAGCACUGCAACAGCCAGAAAAUAUGCAAAUCUUCAACAUCAUCUUUUGGUUUGGGUUUUUUUAACCCUAAUUAACUGUUUGUACAUUCAGCAGUUCAGGCUGUUUCUCGUCCCAGUGAAUCUGCUAUUGGUUUCCAAGAGAAAAGUUAUUUAACCCUGAUGUGCAGAGUGAACAUUUUCUAGUGAAUAGAAAAUUUAUCAAAAAGCACAAUGAAAGUGAAUUGAUCUUCAGGGAACGGGAAACACUCACCAAUUAGGACUGAAUUUAGUGAAGCGUUUAAUCCAAAAGACAUGGGAUUGAAAGUUUAAAAAAACUCAAUGCAUUUAAUUUCUGUUUGAGCCAAACCAAGUUUUGCCCAUGUUUCCUUUCUGCACUAAAAAAAGAGAUCUCUUUCAGUUUGUUCCAAUCUUUUCUGCCUUUKCCCCUUCCUUGCCAAGACUUGUUGCUGUGAUCCCCAAACUGGAAGYCCAGAGCUCACCCAAGUUUAAGUUUGUUGGGUUUACAACUUAAAACAUUCUACAGAAAUUAUUUGAGCUGCACCAGAUCUGUGCUGGAUUUCUGCAGCUCCAACAGAGCAGAACUGCAUUUCACACAUAYACACACAUGAAAUAGAGAGGCUUUAACCUCAUCUUUCCUAAUGCCAAAUAACUCCAGUUGUUGGCAACCAAUUCUAAAGGGAGGGUCAGUAAAAGCUAAAUACAUAUGGCUGUGUCUUUAUUUUUGCUUUUGUGUAUGGUUUUCUCCUUUUCUGCAUUGCUCUGUCUUACAAUUGUACAAAUAUCUGGGCUUUUCUUGGCCUGAAAAACAUUUUUUUCCCCAAAUGACAGAGUAGACRGAGCCCUUGGUAUGUACAGAGGAGAUUGAAUAGAACAGUACUGUGAUAAC